GUUAUUGUGUUCGUAUCGUCUGCUGCUGCGUUAUGUCUGGUGUCGAAGAAACAAUAAUGAUAUGUGGAGCUGCAUUAUUAACACUAGAAGGUUUACACAAACAAAAUGAAAGGCGUCCUCGUCGUUGGUGAGAAAAACAUUCUAUAGAAGAACUGGCGGAAAUAACCUGCCACGUGAGAUGAGUAUGGAAGACGGCUCUGGCUUCCGCAACUUCACUCGGAUCUCACCUACCGAUUUUGAAUAUCUGGCAAAUAUGAUAUCACCGUUUGUUUCAAAAAAAGACACGAAUUUCAGGAAAGCUAUUUCAGUCAACCAAAGGCUUGCAGUUACUCUUCGUUUCCUGGCAACAGGAGAUUCAUUUCAGAGCCUUGCGUAUUUAUUUCGCAUUUCGAAACAAGCAAUAUCUAAAAUAGUACCCGAAGUAUGUGGAGCUCUGGUGGAAGUACUGAAGGAUUAUGUAAAGAUACCUGCGACUGAAAACGACUGGAGUGAAACAGCAUGUUUAUUCUCACAGAUUCUUCAGUUCCCCCAUUGUGACGGAGCAAUUGACCGGAAACAUAUCGUGCUACAGUGCCCUGUUGGUAGUGGAAGUGAAUAUUAUAAUUAUAAAGGUUCAUUCAGCAUUGUGCUGCUUGCUGUUGUCGAUGCCAGCUACAACUUUUUGUACGCAGAUAUCGGCUGCCAAGGCAGAAUAUCAGAUGGUGGUUGUAUGCAGAUACUCCAGUGCUCGGACGCAGACGAGUAG